GAGUGGCAUUACUACUUGCUGGUUGACGUUUAUGGGCAUGCUCGAUAAAUGCCAAAAAUCACGUAAAUAUUUACUGGUUUGGGUAAAUUUUAUUAAAAAAUUCUAUAUUUUAUAAUUGCUGAGAUAUAUUCUGUUAUUCGUACAUCAACAAACAAAUAACCUUAAAAUUAUGGCACGUAAUAUACCAGAGAGAUGGCUAAACUAUAAACCUAUUGGAAAGCGGAUAGAGGGAACACGUUUCAUUGCAUUUAAGGUUCCGCUACGCGAGUGUAUUAAUGAAGGCGUGCAUGAAGAGCAGCGACUCGAUGCCAAUAUUUUAAUGAAGACAAUACCUAAUUUGGGUAUGAUUAUCGAUCUGACUAAUACCACGAGGUAUUAUAAUCCUCAUAGUUUAAUGAAAAAGGGUUUAGAGUAUAGUAAACUAAUGAUUCCUGGCCAUCAUACGCCGCCGCCCAAUUUGGUUAAUCAGUUCAAAAAACUGGUUAUGACUUUUUUAAAAAAUAACGCCUGCAAUGACAAACUAAUUGGUGUUCACUGUACGCAUGGAGUCAACCGCACGGGGUAUCUUAUAUGCAACUACAUGAUUUCCGAAUUAAAUGCGAAGCCGGAAGAGGCGAUAAAUAAAUUCAACGUUGCGCGUGGCCAUAAAAUCGAGCGUACAAACUAUUUAGACUCUCUUUAUGAUUUAGCGAAAAGAAAACAAGGCAACAACAGCCAGAGACGUGAUCACAAAGAUAAUUCGAUCGAGAAAAACUUACAACACAAACGCUUUAAUAAAAUGCCCCGCCAAGCACCAAUACCGUUGCGUGCACCGCUGGACCCAGUAGUGCUGCCAUCACCAAAAGUGUACGAUAGACGUAAUCGCUUUGAUCCCAGCCAAGAACCAAUGCCGUUGCGUGCACCACCGAACCCAGUAGUGCUGCCAUCACCAAAAGUGUUCGAUAGACGUAAUCGCUUUGAGCGUUUUCGACUGGAAGCAAAUACGCACAGUCAACGUUAUUCAAGACAGACAGCUGCAACUUCACCAUCAACACGCCAAUACAGAACAGCACCGAGGAAUGAUACCAAUUAUAACAGAGCAGAUAAGAGUUAUCGUUCACAAGGCGACACAAACUAUUCAUGCAAUAAAACUUAUAGAGAUGCAACACACUCGAAAAUGAAUAAUCCUUUUUUUGCGAAUGCGCCUGGUAAUCGCCAGUAUAACAAUAAACCAAAUGAGCGGCAAUAUAAAUACGGCGAUCAUGAUCGUUGCAGAGGCGAACGAAGGGACAACAAGUACUGAUAUCAUCCACAUCGUCACGUAUAACAUAUUGUUGGGCGCUUAGCAUAGUUUUAAGUUUCCUUAUUUUAAUUUUUGAAAAUAUUUUUUUGAAAAAUGAACAGAAUCAUGGCAAAAUGAGGAGAAAUUGCAGUUUAACUGAAGACGAUUGCUAUUGCUGCAUACUUUGUAUCAUUGCACUAUGGCUCAUAAUCAAUUGUAUAUGUAAAGGGUGUUUUUUUAGAGGUUAGGUUUUCAAGAUGAAAUAAAACGUAUAUAAUUUAAUGUUAUGGCUAAGAAUUUAGCUUUAUUAUAAAGAUAAGGGUUUGCCAUUAUGUUUUAAAAAUGAUUUCGGGCAAGUGGCCGCCGCGGCUGGCUCGAAUAAAUUCCAGCCGAGAGGCCCAAUUUUCGACCACUUUUUUCAGCAAUUGGGGCCGUAUGUCAGCAAUAACGCGUCGAAUAUUCUCUUCCAAGACGUCAAUCGUCUCGGGCUUAUCUGCGUAGACAAGCGACUUCACAUAGCCCCAUAAGAAAUAGUCCAGCGGUGUUAUAUCGCACGAUCUUGGAGGCCACGCCACAGGUCCACGGCGCGAGAUAAUGCGCUCACCAAAAGUUUCCUUCAAUAAAUCGAUUGUUGCGUUGGCUGUAUGGCAUGUAGCGCCGUCUUGUUGGAACCAAAGGUCGUCCACAUCAACAUCGUCCAAUUCAGGCACGAAAAAGUCAUUAAUCAUGGCUCUAUAGCGCUCUCCAUUGACUGUAACAUUAUGGCCGGCUUCAUUUUUAAAGAAAUAUGGACCAAUGAUUCCCUCUGCCCAUAGAGCACACCAAACAGUGACUUUUUGAGGAUGUAACGGCGUCUCAGCAAUGGCUUGUGGAUUAUGUUCACUCCAAAUGCGACAAUUUUGCUUAUUGACAUACCCAUUCAACCAAAAGUGAGCUUCAUCGCCGAACAAAAUUUUCUUGUGAAAAUCGGGAUCGGUGGCCAUCUCGUUUUGGGCCCAAAUUUGCACGAUUUGCAAACGUUGUUCAGGUGUAAGUCUAUUCAUUAUGAAAUGGCAAACCAAACUGAGCAUAAAUCAAGUGACAGCUGUCAAAAAGACCAUCUACGAAAAAAGUAGUGCCAACUUGAAAACCUAACCUCUAAAAAAACACCCUUUAUUAUAUUUUUGACAACCAAACUAAUUUGAUAAGUACGAUUUUUUAUUGUAUAUAUACACAAUUAUGUACACAAUAAUAUAAAUUAGGUGAAGUAAAAAUUAAUAUACAUAUGUGCGUAGUUAUAAUUAUUUUUAAGUAAAUGGCUUCAGACAUUGCUCGACGAUUUCCAUGAUUUUAUCAAAAAGCUUUGACGUUGGGUCUAUCAGAACAUAGAUGCUGAAUGCACCGCUUUGCUGUUGCAUUGGAACGAAUUUUAAUGAUUGAUAUUAAAACCAGUAAUAUGGACAUAAAGAAAACCAAAACUUCCAAGUCAAAACUAAAUUUCUUUUAUCUAAUAAUACCAUUGUUUAGGCCAUAUGCGAAGGAUUAAUAGCGCCUACUGUUGCGGCUAAUACGAACGUUUUGCUAGCCAACCGCUUCUGGCCCUUGCAAUGUUAAGGUCGCUAACUUAUUUCCCCGUCGAACAGUUCAAACACUAACUGUGCAAAAAGCCGUUCGGGGAGGUAUCUUACCUUUAAAUUUAUUUUUGAAACAACACUUGAAAAUCAGAAGCGGGCGCUAAAGAUAAGACUUUAAUUAGGUCAAAAUUGUAUUUACAUAUGUACACAUACUUUAAUAUACUGCAUAAGUAAAUGUAUAUAUUAAAAAAAGAAAAGUAAUAAAGUGCUGAUAGCAAAUAACCAAUA